AGUAUUAUAAAGAUUAUAAAGCGAACCAUUCGCGGUGAUCAUGAUCAGAUCUUCCAUGUACAUUGACUGGGUACAAGCUGGUUCUUGAUACUCAAACUGCAAAUGGCGACUGAACAUUCCAGCAUCCAUCUUCCGGUGGAGGUCUGGAGCUAUAUCUUUCUUCACCUCGAUCUCAACUGCCUGCGAAACUCUGCCUUGACGUGCUCUUCCUUUCGCUGGCUUGCUCGUCGCUACAUGUAUUCCCGCCUUACCAUUGUCUGCGAGUAUUCCUGGGAGGCUUUCAUAUACUCGUUCAAGACUUCCCAGAGGCGGGGGCUUGUGGACGCGCUUGAACGUCUUCGUUUCGUAGCAUCCCCAGAUAUAGCACCUCUCAUCCGAACAUGUUCUAUACAAUUUCAAACGUGGCCUGAUCCUCCGUUCGAGUCGGUUUUAAACUUCCUAUGUGACCACCUGCAUCUCCUAGUCAAUCUACAACACCUGGAAUUCCACAAUAUUCUUCUUACCCCGCGACGAGCAUCAGAUAUAUCUGGCCUAUCGUCUUUGAAGCAUCUACUCUUCAAAGAAUGUACAUUGCAGAUCGGAGAUGCUCGCUCCAAAAUCUCUACUAGAUCCUUGACGAUUUCGAGUGACAAUGACGCUGUAUAUAAUCCCGACCAAUUACCCCGUUGGCUCGCUCUAGUGGAGCCAGAAAAGCUCUUGGAACUCAAAUUGGUUACAUCGAGAGCUACUCUGGAAGCUCUGUCAGAACUUACGAACACAGAUAUAAUCCUUCCUCGCCUCAGAAGCCUUCAUCUCAAUCGGGACAAGAAAAUCAUGCACUGUCCUGUACUCUCCGGCAUCGUGAACAAGUGUCCUUCUCUUCUACACUUACAUCUUCUACGUAAACCAGAACCAGAGAGGUCCUCAGAGGGAACCAUACUACCUGAGGACUUUUGUUGUUCCUUUCACGGCCUCUCCCUCUACGAUGGCCCUCAUUUCCUUAUCUCAUCCUUUCAAGAAGAGCAGCUGAGAGGUUUGCGUCGGGUUCGACUGUUCGGAGACAGGUGGGACGGGACCUGCGAUAUGAUUGGCAUACGUGACGAUCUCAGGCAUCUGCACCGUGGCGCUCCCGAACUCGAAUCCAUGCAUCUACGGGCCUUCCAUACUUCGGAGGUUUGCACCAUGAUCGCAAACCUUUUUCCAAGGUUACAGUCUCUAGCAUUCUCCUUGCCUACACAAACAAGUGCAGAAGAUCCAAUGCUAGCAUUAACGCGCGAGGUACGCAUUCCUAUGAGUAAAUUCCCUUAUUUUUUUCAUAUACCUUUACAUACCCAGCCUUUCCUGGAUUCCCUGAUUAGGAUGACUUUACCUUCGAAUUUGAAGAACCUCGUCGUCUUCGGGAUGAUAUUCUCGGACUCGACGGAGGGAAGCCAUGUAAUAGAGGCUCUGGCUAGUAAAUAUGACUCGUUACAGCACAUCUACCUCUACUUUCCUCAGGAUUUCUGGAUGACAUGGUCUAAGGUUCCUGCGAUGGAGUCGUGCACCUCCAAAGCCACGAUCCUCCGUAAGGGGAUCUCUAUUUGUAGACAAUUGGAAGUUCCAUCGGAUUGGUUUUGAAUAUUUUUGUGGGGCGGAUCAUAUGUAUUUUGAGAAUUGUUGAGGUUCCAAACAUGCUUUUCUUUGGUUGUAAAAUGUACUGUACAGAUACUUAGGAGGACA